AUAAUAAACCUACUCUCCCCUAUAUAUAUGUUAUAUGACCGAUACUACACAAUACUUAAGAAAACAAAAUCAUUCUCUCUAUCAAAAUCAUAUUACAGUUCCACCACAUCAAUUUUCUUUAUUAUUUGUUCUCAUUCGACUCUCCUCUAUAAUCAUUUGCUAAAGUUCGUGCAUUCUAUCAUACUCCAACUGCGUCAAAUUUUAUAGUUUUCUCUUCAGUUCUCAUUUUCAUUUUCAGGCAUUUCGUAUAUGUCAGUUACGAUCACAAGGCCUCAACAAUUUAACUUACGAAGAAAGAAUUGAAUUGUGGAAUUUAGAAAACGAACAAUUUGAAGAGUUAGUAAUUCAACCAGCUUUGACUUAUUAUGAUCGAUAUUUUCAAAGAGCACCGGUCCAAACCGAUGGAGGUUUGGGAUGGAGAAAUAUUUGGCGUCGAUUACAACAAGAUGAUGCUGCCUGUCUUCAGUUAUUACGGAUGUCACUUCCAUGUUUCACAACAUUGUGUAAUAUAUUGCAGACAAAUUACGGUCUACAACCAACACUAAAUAUAAGCAUUGAAGAAAGUGUGGCUAUGUUUCUACGGAUAUGUGGACACAAUGAAGUUCAAAGAGAUGUUGGUUUAAGAUUUGGCAGAAAUCAAGAAACUGUGCAGAGAAAAUUUAGGGAAGUUCUUACGGCUACUGAAUUAUUGGCAUGUGAUUAUAUCAGAACUCCAACAAGACAAGAACUUUAUCGAAUUCCUGAAAGACUUCAGGUAGACCGGAGAUAUUGGCCAUAUUUUAGUGGAUUCGUUGGAGCUAUGGAUGGAACUCAUGUAUGCGUAAAAGUAAAGCUUGAGUUACAAGGAAUGUAUUGGAAUCGACACGAUAAUGCAUCAAUGAACAUAAUGGCAAUAUGUGAUUUGAAUAUGUUAUUCACAUAUAUUUGGAAUGGAGCACCUGGAUCAUGUCACGAUAUAGCUGUUUUGCAAAUGGCACAACAAAGUGAUUCUAAAUUUCCUUUGCCUCCGUCAGAGAAGUAUUAUCUUGUUGAUUCUGGCUAUCCAAACAAACAAGGGUUUUUGGCUCUUUAUAGAUCAUCACGAAACCGAGUUGUGAGAUAUCAUAUGUCACAAUUCUAUUAUGGUCCUCCUCCAAGGAAUAAACAUGAACUGUUCAACCAAUGCCACGCAUCAUUACGUUCUGUUAUCGAGAGAACUUUUGGAGUUUGGAAGAAAAAAUGGAGGAUUAUUUCUGAUUUCCCAAGAUAUAAUGUUCACAUUCAAAAAAGAGUAGUAAUGGCUACAGUGGGAUUACAUAAUUUCAUCAGAAUUUCAAAUUUCUCAGAUGCAGAUUUCGCAGAUGUAGUGACAGAAACAAAUAUAAACAAUGGAGAUUUUGAGCAUGAUGUAGGUGACAUGGAUGCAGCAGAAUUAGCAGAUGGAGAACAUAUGACGGAAAUAAAAGACAAUAUUGCAAAUAUGUUAUGGGAAAAUCAAAAUAAUAGAUAAUACUUUUUUUUUAAUAUGUUGUACUUUUAACAAUAUGUAUGUUAAAAAAUUAAGUUUA